AUGGCAACCAUGAAUAAAACGUACAAUUCUGGGAGUGUAAGUUCGGACACUCAUGUAAACUACGAUUCUACUGAGUUCCAUGUGGGACCAGCUGUCGAUAUGGAUGAUCUCAAAAUGAAAGAAGAUUGGGAGGACCGUCCAGCAAGUGAGUGGUCUGUUCAAAAGAUUGGUGUCCUAGAGUCUAAGAUAGAAGCAUUUACAUAUCAGAUAUUUAGAAGUAAUAAGUAUGGUAAACAUAAUUUAUCAAAAGUAAUACCGAAGUUUAAACUUGUAGAGUUUGCAAAUGAAGCAUUUGGCCAUGAUGGAUGGUCAAUAGAUAUUUUGGAUGUACAGAUAACAGAAUCUAGUAUCACGCCGACCCAAUCUGCAGAGAAUUUAGAAAUAGCUUUAGAAAACGAACAACAUAUACUACAUAACGUAAUAGCAGAAGCUAUAGUUAAAGUUACUUUACGGGAUGGUACCAAUACUCAAGUAGGAGGAAUAGGAAGAGCUGUAUUACCAAGUAAAGCGAUGAGUUUUGCUAAGGCAAAAAAGGAAGCAAUAAGUGAUGCUUUAAAGAAAGCUAUAUUAAGUUUUGAAAGUAUAAUAAUGGAAUAUAACAGAAAGGUUCAAAGUAAUUAUUAUGUUGAUGGAUUGUAUGUUUCAAAGAUAAAGCAAGAAUCAUACAAUCCCUUAGGUGUCACCUUAAGUAAUCCCAGAUUAUAA